UGAUUAUCCAGAUCCCCACAACGACGCGGAGCUUAUCUUCCAGAAACAGAGACAUCACAGACCCAAGCCCUAGAUUGUUGCUCGCAAAACUCCAUCAAAGCCUCCCCAACGCAGGAACGACAGAAGAAUAAUUGAAGAACCCCUUCAGUCGGAACCAAAAUACCAUAACAGCAUCAGCAAGCCCGCAAGGCCUAUAUAAGAACAUCCGAAUACCAGAAUUUCUACUACUCCAUCCUCCCCAACCCCCAGCCAUCGUUUCCAGAGCCAACAUCAUCACGACCUCCCAAGAACGAACCGUCCUGACGCAAAACCGAAACGAUGUCGCCGCCCUUCUUCGAAUUCACCCGCCUGCCGGAAGGCCAAGAAUCCUGGGCCCUCCACGCCCUCCUCGCCGAGCAGCUCCAGGCGAUGCCGGCCCGGCGCGUGCCCCAACCCCCACCCCCACCCCUGCCCCACGAGUUCCAGCACUACGAGGACAUCCCCGCGUUUGUGGUCGUGCGCCUCGGCGGGGAGAUCCACGACCACUUCGCCGCGCUCCCCUGGGAGCAGUGGACGAUGAACCUGAUCUUCCGGGUGCUGCGCGACCGCGCCCCGCGGAGCAUGCCCUUCUACGGCGUCGUGCACGCCCACCACUGGGUCCGCUUCUACCGCGAGACGACGGCGGCCGACCGAAACACCGCGGUGGCUUCGCACACGGUCCACCCUGUGGCUGUCAACCAGGUGUACACGCUCCAUUGGUACGGGGAUGAGCAGCUGAUUGUCGAGUUUGUGGACGCGGUGCGCCAACGUCGUCGGCGUCGGGGCCGGGGUGUGCGUGCCUUUGAUGGGGUUCCGCCCCCCCGGGUCCGGAAGGUUCCCUUCCACGUGGAUCAGAUUGAGUGGGUGACGGGGGAGGAUGGGGAUGAUGAGGUGGUGGUGCUGAAGGAGGAGGAGGAGGAGGAGGAGGAGGAGGAGGAGGAGGACGCGCAGGGGGAGGGUGAUACUGAGUCUGAGUCUGAGGAGGAAGAGGUGAGUGAUUGGCGUUUGCCUUCGCCUCUGCUUAAGACUGAGGAGGCCAUGUUGGAGUCUCUGUCUACUCCGAUUGACAGGGGCUUGUGUACUUCUGCCGAGACCACCCCGUUUAGCGGGGACGAGGACAACGACGAUUCUCCGUACACCCUGGGGCAUUCUGAGGAGCCGCCGGUCUUCAAGCGUGAAUCUCCAUGGUAUGCGCCAGGAACUCACCCAACAGCACACAGGCAACCUGAUUUCCGCUGUACUACUUCAUACUACACAAGUCAUACAUCCCACAGCAAAUGUGCGCUGCAUACAGAAGCAAUUGUCUUGGCGCUAGGACCAUGGAGGAAUCCGAUUAAUCUUGAAGAAGAGAGCUUACACGCUUCAUCUUACCAUCUGAUCUACUGGACAGUACAGCUCUGGGCAUGA